CUGGCUGCUGCUGAGGCUAAGGGGAGGAGCUGAAGGCAGCGGUCGCGGCUCCCGCCCGCACUGAACGCUCAUCCCGCGAAGCCCCCUCCCACACUCGGGAGGGCGGCGGCGGCGGCGGGAGGAGGAGGAGAAGGAGGAGGGAGCGUCUCUGCCGCCGCCUCCUGGUCCCCAGCGCGGAUCAGCCGCCACCACCUCCCUUCGCGACGAUCCUCCCUCCAUGGUGCUGUCGCGGCCCCCCCUGUAGCCCGAGCUGCCCCGCGCCGCGCCGGAGCCGGUCUCGGGCAGAGGGAGCGGUCGCGGCCUCGCGGCCCGCGCGGGCUGACGAGCGGAGAGUGCGGCGCUUCGCGGUCCCCGAGGGUCCGCACGCCCCGGCAGCGCGGUCGCCAGCCACCGCGCGAGGAGCAGCGGGCGGGCGGGCGGCGCCGGGCCCGGGCCGCCCUCGCUCCCACGCCCCGGCCCCGCCGCCCGCGCCGGGGCGGCAGCCGGCAGAGGAAAGGCGCUGCAGUCUCCGGGCCUCACGGCCCCAGUCGAGCUUCCUCAGCACCGAGGGCUUGCGGGUCCUGAGUGGAGGACACGAGCCCGGAGCCGGGCACUGAGCUCUUGGGCGCCCCCAACCCAGUUUUCAGAACCCUCCACGCUGCGGCCGCUGUCCCCUCCGGACCAUGGCCGACGACGACGUGCUGUUCGAGGAUGUGUACGAGCUAUGCGAGGUGAUCGGCAAGGGUCCCUUCAGUGUUGUACGGCGAUGUAUCAACAGAGAAACUGGGCAACAAUUUGCUGUAAAAAUUGUUGAUGUAGCCAAGUUCACAUCAAGUCCAGGGUUAAGUACAGAAGAUCUAAAGCGGGAAGCCAGUAUCUGUCAUAUGCUGAAGCAUCCACACAUUGUGGAGCUGUUGGAGACAUAUAGCUCAGAUGGCAUGCUUUACAUGGUAUUUGAAUUUAUGGAUGGAGCAGAUCUGUGUUUUGAAAUCGUAAAGCGAGCUGAUGCUGGUUUUGUAUACAGUGAAGCUGUAGCCAGCCACUACAUGAGACAGAUACUGGAAGCUCUGCGCUAUUGUCAUGAUAAUAACAUAAUUCACAGGGACGUGAAGCCCCACUGUGUUCUCCUUGCCUCAAAAGAAAACUCGGCACCUGUUAAGCUUGGGGGCUUUGGGGUGGCCAUUCAGUUAGGAGAAUCUGGACUUGUUGCUGGAGGACGCGUUGGAACACCUCACUUUAUGGCCCCAGAAGUGGUCAAGAGAGAGCCUUACGGAAAGCCUGUGGAUGUCUGGGGCUGUGGUGUGAUCCUUUUCAUCCUGCUCAGCGGCUGUUUGCCUUUCUACGGAACCAAGGAAAGAUUGUUUGAAGGCAUUAUUAAAGGAAAAUAUAAGAUGAAUCCAAGGCAGUGGAGCCAUAUCUCUGAAAGUGCCAAAGACCUAGUACGCCGCAUGCUGAUGCUGGAUCCUGCUGAAAGGAUCACUGUUUAUGAAGCACUGAAUCACCCAUGGCUUAAGGAGCGGGAUCGUUAUGCCUACAAAAUCCAUCUUCCAGAAACAGUAGAACAACUGAGGAAAUUCAAUGCAAGGAGAAAACUAAAGGGUGCAGUACUAGCUGCUGUGUCAAGUCACAAAUUCAAUUCCUUCUACGGGGACCCUCCUGAAGAGUUGCCAGAUUUCUCUGAAGACCCUACCUCCUCAGGAGCCGUCUCUCAGGUGCUGGACAGCCUCGAAGAGAUUCACGCACUUACAGACUGCAGUGAAAAGGACCUAGAUUUUCUACACAGUGUUUUCCAGGAUCAACAUCUUCACACACUGCUGGAUCUGUAUGACAAAAUUAACACAAAGUCUUCGCCACAAAUCAGGAAUCCUCCAAGCGAUGCAGUACAGAGAGCCAAAGAGGUAUUGGAAGAAAUUUCAUGUUACCCUGAGAAUAAUGAUGCGAAGGAACUAAAGCGUAUUUUAACACAACCUCAUUUCAUGGCCUUACUUCAGACUCAUGAUGUAGUGGCACAUGAAGUUUACAGUGAUGAAGCAUUAAGGGUCACACCUCCCCCGACUUCCCCCUAUUUAAACGGUGAUUCUCCAGAAAGUGCAAAUGGAGACAUGGACAUGGAGAAUGUGACCAGAGUUCGGCUGGUACAGUUCCAAAAGAACACGGAUGAGCCAAUGGGAAUCACUUUGAAAAUGAAUGAGCUAAAUCAUUGUAUUGUUGCAAGAAUCAUGCAUGGGGGUAUGAUUCACAGGCAAGGUACACUUCAUGUUGGUGAUGAAAUCCGAGAAAUCAAUGGCAUAAGUGUUGCUAACCAAACAGUGGAACAGCUACAGAAAAUGCUUAGGGAAAUGCGAGGGAGUAUUACCUUCAAGAUUGUGCCAAGCUACCGCACUCAGUCUUCAUCCUGUGAGAUCUAUGUAAGAGCACAAUUUGAAUAUGAUCCAGCCAAGGAUGACCUCAUCCCCUGCAAAGAAGCUGGCAUCCGGUUCCGAGUUGGUGACAUCAUCCAGAUUAUUAGUAAGGAUGACCACAACUGGUGGCAGGGUAAACUGGAAAACUCCAAAAAUGGAACUGCAGGUCUCAUUCCUUCUCCUGAACUUCAGGAAUGGCGAGUAGCUUGCAUUGCCAUGGAGAAGACCAAACAAGAGCAGCAGGCCAGCUGUACUUGGUUUGGCAAGAAAAAGAAGCAGUACAAAGAUAAAUAUUUGGCAAAGCACAACGCAGAUCUUGUCACAUAUGAAGAAGUAGUCAAACUGCCAGCAUUCAAAAGGAAAACAUUAGUCUUAUUAGGUGCACAUGGUGUUGGAAGAAGACACAUAAAAAAUACCCUCAUCACAAAGCACCCGGACCGGUUUGCGUACCCUAUUCCACAUACAACCAGACCUCCAAAGAAAGAUGAAGAAAAUGGCAAGAAUUAUUACUUUGUAUCUCAUGACCAAAUGAUGCAAGACAUCUCAAAUAAUGAAUACUUGGAGUAUGGCAGCCAUGAGGAUGCAAUGUACGGGACAAAACUGGAGACCAUUCGGAAAAUCCAUGAGCAGGGGCUGAUUGCGAUUCUGGACGUGGAGCCUCAGGCACUGAAGGUCCUGAGGACUGCAGAGUUUGCUCCUUUUGUUGUCUUCAUUGCGGCGCCAACUAUCACUCCAGGUUUAAAUGAGGAUGAAUCUCUUCAGCGCCUGCAGAAGGAGUCCGAUGUCUUGCAGAGAACAUAUGCACACUACUUCGAUCUCACAAUUAUCAACAACGAAAUUGAUGAGACAAUCAGACAUCUGGAGGAAGCCGUCGAGCUUGUGUGCACAGCCCCACAGUGGGUCCCAGUCUCCUGGGUCUAUUAGGCUUCUCCUUGGCUAUCUGAGUAUAAAACUGGGAGCCACCUCCUACAUGGAAAAAGCCUCUUUGUUAUCGGCCUUGUGUCAGCAGGUCGUGGUCCCUAGAGACUACCUAGUUGUAGUGUGACCUACAUUUAUAAUUAUUGUCAUGUCCGAAUAGAUAGGAGGAGAAAAUCAAUUACACACUAAUUUAAAGAGACAGUAUCUUUUUUAAUCAGUUCUCCUAAACUUUAAUAAAAUGUAUCUUUAAAUGUAUGUAUUAUUCAAUCCUUUGGAAUGUUAUAUUUUUGGAAAUCAUAGCUUUUUAUUUCCAAGGCCCCUAAAAACUGCACAAAAUAGAUGCUGCUUUCUAUAAUCUAUUUUAAUAAUAAUAAACAAUGAUUCUGUUACCUUGACUGGGGGUGGAACACUACAUUCUUUUUAGAGUCUGAUUUUAUGGAUUGGAAUACCUUUCUUUCCUUUAUUUAUUUGAAAUGAUUAGUCUAGUGAUUACAAAACAGUCAUAAAUUUUUAAAGGCCUUUUUUCUCUCUCUUUUUUUUUAAGUCCUUUAUGUAACAUGCAGAUACUGUGAUACUGUCUCUUUGAAGCACCCUGUAAACCUUUUAGAGAUUUGAAGUUGGGUCUUGACUCUUAAUGCAUGUGGACAGUCGCGAGCGUUUAUGCUGUCGGUGUGUCUGUGUUGGACAAAACAAUCUGUAAUUACAGCAAAGUACAUUCCGUUCACGGGGCACACCCAGGGGAGUAAGAAUAAAUUGCUAUUAUGACUAAGUUGUAAACCUAUGCACAUCCCUUGCAUUUCGGGCAACUUUAUAAAACAGAAAAAAAAAACCUGAUUUUUAUUAAUAAUAAUCAUGUAGUGAAAUGUGUUUGUAAUUUUGUCUCAAUUUAAUUUGUUGUAAGGUGGGAGGGGGUAUUGCUGGUUUCGCCAUUUCAGAUCUGUGUUGUCUAAGAGUAUUAACGUUUUAAUUAAGCAAAGAAAUGCGGAUUUUUAAUCUGUAUGUAAUUGUUUUAAGCACCCAUUUAAAGAGAAUAUACUGUGCAAUGAAGAAACCAGUUUAGGCAUUUGCUACAAACUGAAUUAUUCCAAAAGAAUAAUCUAUAACAGCCCUGUAAAUUCCUUUAAAAUGAUAACUAACAGGACAGUCUGACCAUUUUUUUAAAUAUACUUCAUUGUAUGUGUUCAAUAAUUAAAUGCCUUUGGGUCCUUCAUUUCAUUAUAGAUUUGUUCAGGUCCAAGCUGGUAAUCUUUUAAGUUCUAAAAUUUGUUAGAUGCUCACUGACCCAUCAAUGGCCCAGGAAUAAGUAUCAGUUGGUAGGGCAACAAAGCAGCCUGCCAGGGCACAGCUUGGACCACAUCUGACUCACAAGGCCACCUGUGGUCUCUCCUUCCUCUUGCUCUAUCCCUUGGCACAGGGGAGUCACCUGUCCUUGUUGCUUUAGAAACAUUCACCAUCUCAUCCCCCGCCAUGCUGUCAGAAUCACUAGAGGAGGUCCAGGCUGGGGUUUUCAGACUCUGCCAGAGGUCACUAGAGUGUUACCCCUUCAUGGAUGAGAGAACAGGGCACUGACAUGACUCUGGUCCUUGGAAACACACCAUCGUUUUCAUUUCUUGAGGGUUAGCUGGCCUCCAUCACUUUGUGCCUUGGCAGAAUGAGUUCUGGCCUGAACAGCUCCUCUUAGGCAUUGAACAGAGAAGGCAUUUUUGUGUUCAUACUCCUCUGCUGUUUUCAGCAUCCCACCCUUCCCAACUAUUAUUACAUGAUACCAUUUGGUUUCUGUUUGUAGACCAUUCUUUGUCAGUGCCCAGAUGGUCACAACUUACCAACAAGAUACUGUGAGAAUAACUUGUGUUCGGUCCCACAAGUAAGGGUUACCCUAACAGCACACCAGAGACAGGCUCAACAGUGAGCUCUUGCUAGGUGGAGGGAGAAAACUUCAGGAGUUGCUUAGGGCUGUGUAGUGCUGACCUCGAUCCUAAUCAGUGCCCAGGCCAGACAUCAUUACUGCAGUAGUACUGACCGUAAGCCACCCUUUUCAGUGGCUCAGUACCUGCUCUACCUCUUCCAGUAAAGCACAACUAAGGUGUGGGGAAAAAAAAAAGAUCCAUUCCUCCCUCUGGUAGAAUCCCUUAUGCUCCCACUUGCUCUUGAGAGCAGAUCUCCAGAAAUGCUGGCAAGGCCUGUCUGUGACCAUCUACCACGUCCCCACAGAUAGAAUGAGCAUAGGAAAGUGAAGCCAGCUGAAGUUCAGGUGAGCACAGACUGAAAAAAGUACUCCAGGACUCGGGGAGAUGGGGAACUUCUCUCCUCACUGGCCUUCUGGAGUCUGAGAGGAGAGCAUUGGUGGCAUCCUCCCUGCCCUUAUACAGGUGCUGAAACCCUGCACCUAGAACACAGCGGCUGCGCCAGCAGCUCACCUGCUCUUUUCCACUAAUACACAGCUCUAAAGCCGUGUGCUUAUGACCUAGAGGGAGAAAAUUCUCUGAAGUCAGAGUACUAUCAGUACAGCCGUACCCCCAAGCAAUCAGAGGAAAUUGCUCAAAGCUUCUUGACUGCUUCCAUUUCAUCGGCCAAAACACACACACACACACACACACACACACACACACACACAUUAGAGCAAAUUACCAGAGAUUGCUAAAUCAGUAGUCAACUGAAAUGUUGGAAAGCCAGAGUGCAGGUUCUUUCUGCGGCCCCAGCCCUACUUCCCACAACAGGAGAAGGAGUGUUUAGAUCUCUUUGCUCUCAUCUUUGCUUAAAAGAUGGAGUGAGCUGAUUUUCUAAUCAUAAAGCAGUAAUUACUUCUCACAUGCAGCGUAUUCCUAUCUGAACACUGAAAAGGAAUGUAUCCCUCAGUUGAAUUCAUCUGGAAGUUUCCCAAUGUUGAGAUAACAUUGGAACUACUUUAGAAGCACCCCAUCAGGUGAGAUGGCUUAAAAUAUCAGCUCAGAAAGGCAAAAGAAAGGGUUGACCUACUUCUUGCUAUUUGCAUUCAGAAGGCAGAGUCUCAGGCUAUUGGUGGCAGAAUAGAUAAAGCUGCAGAGUUCCCCAGCAAAGGAAGAGUGACAGGAAGCAGUCCCUUCCCUGUAUCUAAGGCCUGGGGCAAGCAGGCCAAGCAUUCCUUUGAAGCCACUGUUAUCUUUUCAAGCUUUUUAUCUGUGAGUUCUGUUUUCCAAUCAGGGGUCUCUUCAUUAAGGUUACCAGGGUUUUUUUUUGUUGUUGUUGUUUUGGUUUUUUUUUUUUUUUUUUUUUUUGCAAAAAGUUAAAUCAACUGAACCACCCUCCAGGAAAUGGGGAGCUACUCAGAAUGGAAACUGCCCCUUAAGGGUGAGGCAACCCAAAGCAUUCUCUUGUCUCCCACUGAUGGGAUGUUCCUUUAGCAUCUCAAGUCAGUUUCUUGCACGGGGAAAAAUAAGCUUAGCUUGUCACAAACGCUAUUGAGAAAAUGGCUUGAUUAGUGAAUUCUUAAUACAAAUGUCUCCUUGGAAAGAAUAGAGGGCACACUGCUAAGCAUUCCAAAAAUCAAGCCCCUGGCAUCCCUCAUCACUUCUUGUUUCAGGUCAGCAUUCUGGUGGGUAGAUAGUGGUGGCUGUUUGUCAGAACUGAGCACAGCCUGCUCCAUCUGUUCUCUUCACAAGGACUGUUGAUGCUGAGGCACACUGAAGCCCCUGAACACAUCUUUCUUGAUGCCUUGUUUCUUCCUAUGGCUUUCAGAAGGGCUGCGUGUUCUUCUCAUCGCUGUUUUUACUUGGGGGCACUUGCCCUUUUCUGGCCCCUUUAGAAAUAGGGUCUCCCUCUUUGUGUGGUACCACUGGCUAAGGAACCGUACUUGGGAGGCCUCAUUUGUAAUCAGCUAUGCCUGGGCACUGCACACGUCCAUUUGCCUUAAACUUGUGGGAAGUCUCGGGUUGCCCAGCUUACAGAGUAAAGUUCAGCUCCCACAUCCAUCCAGAAGUAGGGGAAAAGAGGAAGCGCGUCCAGCCUUCCUAUCUGCACUUCCUGUUGAUGCCUUCAGGCCACAGCAGCAGUAGCAGCUAUAGGCAAAGAGCAGCACCGUCUCUGGGACAGGCAUCCGCAAGUCUUAGCUGUUAGAGGGAUGGGAGAGAACAUUCCUGACUUCCCACUGUCUGUCACCUGACCCUCCAUUAACUCCCUUGAAUGAACCUGUGCAAAUGGACCAAGCAAAAGAAAAUGGAAGGAGAUGUUUGCAGCCACAUGGGAGACCACAUUGCUGGCCCCAAGCACAACUCCAGCUCUGUGUAUGUGCAAAAACUUGGCACUUGGCUACUGCUCAGAGUUCAAUCCAUUCUUUAUAGCAUGUGACUGAGUAAGGUCCAGGGAUAAUGAGUCUUUUGGACCCAGGAGAGAAUCUCAACUGAGGGAUUUGUGCUUGGGAGUAGAAGUAGGCAUUCCUCCACAGAGAGUGGCAUUGCCUUUAUUUUUCAUUUGGCAGAGACCAAGAAUUGGGGGUUAGGGGUUGAUUUCCAGUCUUUGAUGUCGCCUGGGAUGUCCUCUGCAGGCAGGUGGUGCUGAGACCACAGCAUCGUGUUCCAGUGCAGUGUAGGUGCAUUGCCAUUCAGACUCGGUUCUGGGGUGGUUUUGCAUAAAGCUUUGCCAAUGUGUUCUUUCUUUCUGUAUGUAUUAUUGCCUUUUUAUAAAAGGUUUUGAAGUAUUGUCUCAGUGAUAAAAAGAGAGAGAUGUUAAUGGUUGUUGUAUAUUUCACCGUAUCCGAUUGUAAGUAUUCGCAGGGUACAGCAAAGCCUUAGCUUGCAAGAGGAGCUGAAGGGGUUGGAAAGGUUCGGAUUCUUUGUAAAUGUCCUGCUUUUCUUUCUCUCUGUGUGUAUCUAUUUACAUGCCUUAGCACACGCCCUCCCAUCCCAACCCCUUUGCCCUGUCACCUGAACAACCACAAGGCUGGUGGCACUGCCAGCACAGUACAAGUCGAAACCCUAAUCAGUUAUCUCGUGUGACAGGGGGAGAAGAGAAACUGCAUAGUAUUCUUUGUAGAAUAUACAUACCUGUAGGAUGCUGUGUAAUGGGAAACCAUAGACUUGGGCUUUUGUCAUUUCAAAGUUGGAGAAAUGUAUGAAUAAAAUGUAUAAAACAUGAAAA